AUUUGUUUGUUUGUUUGGCUGAUGAAUAAAUAAUAAAGUUGUCAUAAGCGUGUAUUUCAAGAACUUCCAUCAGUCUGAUGAAACUUGAAUAACCCACUGGGAGCGUUUCGCCAGACGCUCUGCUUUAAUAAGCUCCUCUGUGAUGUGUUCAGCCGUCACUAGCAGGACGUUCAGUGCGCUGUGAAUCCUCGCCACAGCUCUCUGGAGCGACUCAUUCAUUCAGAAGGCAAAAAUGUGGAUAUGACGUCGCAGUAGCAGGGUGUCCGAGGUGCCGGGAGGUAAUCCCCUUAAUGUGAGGAGGCGGCACGGGCGUGGAGGCGUGGAGGUUUUUUUUUUUCAUAUUCAAAUCCUUUCAAGUCCUAUAAAAGAGGCGAAGUCAGUACAGGAGGUUGAAGGAAGGAAGACAGAUGGAGAGAGGUGAUAGUUCGGUGUGCGCACCCGCUCCGAGGAUGCCGGACGUGCAAGACUUUGUGUAUGCGCUCAAAAACGCGCUGGUGUCCCUGAUGCUGCUCCCGCGCUUCCUGUUGGCCGCCGCGCUGCUCUGGUUCCUCGACUUUGUCUGCAUCCGCAGGAAGGUGCUGCUGAAGAUGCGCGAACGCGAGGGCUCGAGUCCUGACGACCCGCCGGUAACCGUGUCAGAUUCGAACCGGAUGUUCACGCUGGACUCCCUGCGCGCCGUGUGGUACAGCCAGAAGUUGGACUUCUGCAAGGAGGCGCACCUGGGGCUGGCGGCGCCCAACAGCGAGGUGGUGCCGCUCGGCGAACGGAAACGCGCGCGCAUACUGGACUACGCCCGCGGUGCGAGACCGCUCAUCCUGAACUUCGGCAGCUGCUCAUGACCGCCGUUCAUGACGCGCUUGGAGGCGUUCCGGCGCGUUGCAGACCAGUACGCCGACAUCGCCGACUCGCUGCUCGUUUACAUCGAGGAGGCGCAUCCGUCUGACGGCUGGGUGAGCACGGACGCCCCGUACCAGAUCCCGCGCCACCGCUGUAUAAAGGACCGGCUCCGAGCUGCGCGGCUCAUGACUGACACGGUACCCGGCAGCGUCGUGGUGGUGGACACCAUGGACAAUUCAUCCAACGCUGCGUAUGGAGCCUACUUUGAGCGCCUCUACGUAGUCAAGGAUGAGAAGGUGGUGUAUCAGGGGGGCCGGGGACCCGAGGGCUACCGAAUUUCUGAACUGAGGAACUGGCUCGAGCAGUAUCGCCAAGAGCUCGAAGGCUCCACACCGGUAGUGGUUCAUGUCUAGAUGUUUUUUUUAAGUAGAUACCAGUCACUGUGUGUGCCAUGAAGAACCAGGAAAAGCGGGUGUCCUGAAAGCUGCUGUGUGUGUGCGCGCGCGUGUGUGUUGUUCAGUGAUGCAAACCGCAUGAUACUUGGAAUUGUUUUGCCGUUAUGUUUUAAUCGGUUCAGUCAGUUUGUGUGGGUAAAGCAAAAAGGUUUUUUCACACUUUAUUUGAUGAUAUUAAUUAUUCUCUUUUUUGCAUGUCGUAUUUGUGUGUGAGAGCGUGCGUGCGUGUAUGUUUGUGUGUUCGUGCGUGUGCGUGCGUGCGUGUGGCCGUUGGACUGUCAUUGUAUUCUGGUGUUGUCAUGAAGUUCGGUUUUUAAAAGGAUUUGAUCCAGAAAACCGGUUCUGAUGUAUUCUGACACUCGAAUAUUUAAUAACAGAAGAAUGGCCCUUAUUGUAUUUGCCAAACAUUGUUUCGUAAAAUGUGUAUAUUUUAUUAAA